GGAGGAGGAGGUUCCGAAGCGAGGAGGUUCGCCCCUGAGCUUUGCUCAGCUUCAUUGUGUGAGAACUUUGACAUCCUGGGUGGAGGGAAGGGGGGCUUCCCCCAUCCCUCCUCAAGGUGCUACCAUCAUGGCUCAGACCCUGCAAAUGGAGAUCCCCAACUUUGGAAACAGUAUCCUGGAAUGCUUGAAUGAGCAGCGGCUGCAGGGUCUCUACUGCGAUGUGUCAGUGGUGGUCAAAGGCCACGCUUUCAAGGCCCACCGAGCUGUUCUUGCUGCCAGCAGCUCUUACUUCCGGGACCUUUUCAACAGCAGCAAGAGUGCGGUGGUGGAGCUGCCCGCUGCUGUGCAGCCCCAGUCCUUCCAACAGAUCCUUAGCUUCUGCUACACUGGCCGCCUCAGCAUGAAUGUGGGUGACCAGUUCCUCCUCAUGUACACUGCUGGCUUCCUCCAGAUCCAGGAGAUCAUGGAGAAGGGCACAGAGUUUUUCCUCAAGGUGAGCUCGCCCAGCUGUGACUCACAGGGCCUCCAUGUGGAGGAAACCCCCUCAUCAGAGCCUCAGAGUCCCGUAGCCCAGACCUCUAGCUGGCCAGCCUGCAGCGCCCCACUUCCCCUUGUCUCUCGAGUUAAGACUGAGCAGCAAGAGUCAGACUCAGUUCAAUGCACGCCUGUAGCCAAGCGGUUAUGGGACAGUGGCCAGAAAGAGGGCGGCAGCAAUGGCAGCCGCAAAAUGGUCAAGUUUUCGAGCUCGUCCCAGCAGCCCCAGGGCAUGGCCCCGACCCCAGUGCCAGCAGGGGCAGCAGGUAUGGGGAGCGGGCCCAGCACAUCCGAACGGACCAGCCCUGGGACGUCCAGCGCCUACACUAGUGAUAGCCCAGUUCCUACCCACAAUGAGGAAGGUGAGGAGGAGAGAUGCAGGGGAGGAGGCUCUGAUGAGCAGUACCGACAGAUCAGCAACAUGUACACGAUGUAUAGCAUGAUGAAUGUAGGCCAGACAGCUGAGAAGGUGGAGGCCCUGCCGGAGCAAGUGGCCUCCGAGUCCCGCAACCGAAUCCGGGUGCGGCAAGAUCUGGCCUCACUGCCAGCUGAGCUCAUCAACCAGAUUGGCAAUCGGUGCCACCCAAAACUCUACGACGAGGGUGACCCUGCUGAGAAACUGGAGCUCGUGACAGGCACCAAUGUAUACAUCACAAGGGCACAGCUCAUGAACUGUCACGUCAGUGCGGGCACAAGGCACAAAGUCCUCCUUCGUCGGCUCCUUGCCUCCUUUUUUGACAGGAACACUCUGGCCAACAGUUGUGGCACAGGCAUCCGAUCUUCCACCAAUGACCCUAGGCGAAAACCCUUGGACAGCCGGGUCCUCCAUGCUGUCAAGUUCUACUGCCAGAACUUCGCCCCCAACUUUAAGGAGAGUGAGAUGAAUGCCAUCGCAGCGGACAUGUGCACCAAUGCCCGAAGGGUGGUGCGUAAGAGCUGGAUGCCCAAGGUGAAGCUACGCACGCCUGAGGGCGACACGUACACGACCUUCAUCAAUGACUCAGGCAAGAUAGAGCCCGACAUGAUGGGUGUGGAGCACGGCUUUGAGACAGCCAGCUAUGACGGUGAUGCUGGGCCCUCAGCCGAAGCCCUUCAAUAACCUUUCCCUUCUUUCCUGCCCUGCCUGGCCUGGCCUUUCCUGGCCUGCAAAUCCCCCCCCCCCCCCCCCCCCCCCCCCCCCGGCCCCUUCUCCUCUCCCUCUUCCCCAACUGCAGGCUACCCUUUGGCAAGGGUUCCCUCUGCCUUUCACAUUGGACUUUGUUUAUUCUUUGGUUAACAUCCCCUCCUGUCCUUGGUCCAGUUUGCCAGAGGGGACGUGUGAUCACUGCACGCUGCUGUCUGUCCCAUUCUCCCCCUCCAUCCCCACCCCACCCCUACCCCCCAGCACCACUUCUUUCUCAUGGGGCACACAGUACCAAGGAGCAGAAAUCCAUGUGGGCUGUGUGGUCCUAUGGGGUGGGCUGAAGUGGGAAGUCUCUCUGGUCUCUUCCUGUCCCAUUCCCCAUUUCAUGACAGGCACUGAGAGUGGCUGGGAGAGUGUCAAACAUGGUUUUGUUUCCUUGAUGUUUUUUUUUUAAACACACUCAGAAUGAUCUAACUAUAUAUAUAUAUAUAUAUAUAUAAAGAGAGAGAAAUCUAUAGACCUAGAAAUAAUAUAUAUAUUAUAAAAAUAUUUACCAGGAAAGGAAAAGCAUGUUCGUCCUACAAGCAAAAGAAAAUGAGUAACAGACUGCCUCUCAGUGGCAAACUCUCCCCCUCCCCCCCUCCCCCGCCCAAGUCAGUGCCCCUGUAGUAUCUGAGGGAGUGGGCAUUGGGGAUUUGGCCUCUCUCCCUGCCCUCCUUGGAGGCCAGAGUCAGCCUUUGGCUCUCUUCAGACUUUGUUCUUCCAGGCCUCCAGUCUUUGUGUCUGCCCUUCUUCCUUCUCCUUCAUAGAGCCUCUGGCUUUGUCAUCUUCAUUUGUAGCCCACUUUUCCAAAGCACCUUUCCAUCUAUUUAAUUUUAUUACUGGGACAUCCUGUGGGGUAGUAAGAGCAACUGGCAGUAACUCCAUUUAACAGGGAGGAAACAGAGGACUUUCCCCACCCCCUUUCUGGCCCCCAGGUAAAGUGAUCUGCCCAAUGCCACAGCAAGGGAGUGGCUGGGCAUGGACCGGAACUUAGUCCUGGGCACUGGUGGGUCUGUGAUCUUUCUUCCACCAGACUCUUGCCAUGGGCCUUUAACCCAUUUUGAUUCUUUCUGGAGAAAGGAGCAGGGACUGAAUCAAGGGACUAUUUAGGGGAAGAGAGAGAGAGAGAGAGAGAGAGAGAGAGAGAGAGAGAGAGAGUGUGUGUGUGUGUGUGUGUGUGUGUGUGUGUGUGUGAAAUUUGCUUGAGUGCACAUGUGUACACAUGUAUUUCAGUGUAAGUCAAAGGCUGAAAUUCACUUAGAUGUGUAUGCUAGGGCAGGAAUGACUUGAAUGGUUUUGCAUUGGCAAAACACGAGACUGAACCUGAAUUGUUUCUAGGGGGAUGGUAGAGCAGGGCUGGCAGGAUGUUGGGCUAGGAGCCUAGGAGGGCUUCCCAUUGAAGUUGGACCCUUUCCCUUAUGUGUGUCCAUGAACCUCUCCUGAGAGCUGGGGGCCCUGAGGCUCUCCUCCCUGUCCAGUGUCCAUCUUUUCUUUGCCCCUGGCCCUAAAGCCCUGUGUACAGACUUAAAAAAAAAUACCUUUUGUAGCCAAGUAUUGAGUCCUAUGGAAAUACCAAGACCCUUAAAGUUUUCAAACCAAUAGGAAUGAGGACCCCUCCCUCCUGCCUAGGAGGUGUUGGGGGAACCCAGGUGGGUAGAAACCUCUCCACAUACUAUGGGCUCUGUCGGUUUUGUUUUUAAUGUGCCCUUCUGUCCUUCAUUUCUGCCAGCCCAUGGCUUUCCUUCUGAGACUCUGGCACGUCCAGCCUGGGCAGACCCAGCUACAGGGUUAGUUCUCAUUGUUAAUUGUUUUGAGUAAGCCGAUUUGUGGCUACUCCUUCUCCUUAAUGAAUAAGAAGGAUGUUUUCUAGUUUAUAUAUGUGAACAUGGAUAAUUUGGGGGGGGGCAUCUCUAUUUAAUUUUUAUUUGCCUCCCUUGUCUCUUCUUUCCCAUCCUUCCCCUUUUGGGCCCCUCACAAACUCUCAGACUCUGGGACCUCUCUCCCCCAAAGUUAGGGUGCUCUUGUGUUUUGGCCAAAUCCCAUACUCUUUCUGAACUUCUCACUGGUUCAGAGACUUAGAGGGGGAGGGGAGGGACUACAGGAGUCAUCUGGUUCAAUUGAGGCCCCCAGAACUUCCCUGAUAUCCCCCAGGCAGGGCUAUGAUGAGCUGACUCUCAGUUGCAUGUUUUCUCUCCACCCCACUGGCUCUCUUCUGGGUCUGGGCACAGGGCAGGCACUUUGACACCUGCAGAGUUACUUGUACCUCCUCUCCAGACUUCAUUGGUGUGAUGCCACAGGAUCAGUGAUGGGUUUGGGUGAGAGAAGAAACGUGUUUGACCCCUUGGGGUCCUUGCUUUGUCAGCAGCUCUGUCCAUCACCACCUCCUUAGCUAAUGAGUCAUAAGUAUUUAUAUUACUUACCUAACUGGGGCUAGGUAUGGACCUGAGAGCAGGAGACAGAAAGAUAAAACAGGAAACAACAGUCCCAUCCCAGAAGCAGCUUAUCUUCCAAUGUAAAUAAUUCCUGGGAUUCUCUCUGCUUUCUAUUCCUUAGAGGAGGGAUAGUAAGAAUUGCCUGAGAGUCCGAACAACUGGACACUGUUCCUUAAUCUGCCCCCAACUUGCUGGAUGGGAGUCAUUCUUUUUGGAAAUGCCUAGGGCCACAGUUUGGGCUGAAACCAGGUGUUGGCGCUCUCCUUGGUUUUUCUGCUGUUUUUGGAUUGGAUUCUGUUUGCAGGCGGUGUCAGAGGAUACCUACCCUUCUCAUCCUCUGGCUCUUGUGUUUUUGGCUUUCCAAGGACCUUGCCCAAGGCCCAGCAUAUACCCUACUGUGCUAUCCAUUGAGAUAGCCGAGGGGUCAUCUGCAGUGUUUGGCUCUGUAGGGCCUGGCAAGGGGUAGUGGCCGGGGAGAUAUGCACUUUGAAAGAGCUCCCAUUCCCCAGGACCUCCAGACCGGCCCAGUGUACCUUGGAGAGAGCGCUUGGCUCAGUAAAAGAAGCUGUCAUUUAACUUACAGGGGGACCUUGGGAAGAGGGAAGAGACCACUUGAGGAAAAUGUCCCUGUUUCUAGAAGCUAGCCUAUUUCUGUUUGUCUUGAUCUUUCCUAGCCCCUCAAGAGAAACCUUUUUUGUGUGUGACCCUCCUCAGUGUAGGCUAAGGGAGAGAGGCUAGGCAAUCCCCCCCUAGUCCUGUAACCCUCCAGCACCAGAGUCCUCUUGUGCCACAUUCUGUACGUCUACUUCUCAGUCACUUUCCUAAGCCCCUGGGGAGGGAUACAAGACCAUUCUUCCCCUAAAAUACAAGCACCUUAUCUGUCCUCCCACCCCUAAACUGGCCGAAUUCCCCUUUCCCAAAUCUCCCAAAGCACAAGGCCCCUCAAGGUGUUCUCCUAGCUAGAGUCACCUGUGAGGUUCUGGGACCAAAUUGGGGAAGGAGAGAUGAGUAAGGAGGAGAGGCAGAGCGGGAGCCCCUUCUUACCUCGGUGCCUGGGCUGCGGGGGGAAGUAGCCCUUAUGUAUUGUGGCCCCUAAAUCCAGCUGUGAACUGUGUAGCCUGUAGAGCUGCCUGUCAUGUUCAUGAGGGUUGGGGGUUGGGGCAGGCCAGAGUAGACAUUUAAAAUUGGGCUGUCUGGCCGCUAUCUUCCAGCACAAUCCUGGCCCCUGGUCUAGUUUAGGCUCUGGAGCCUUUUGCCCCCAACAUGAGCAGUGAGUAGUGGGUCUGAGCUUUCCCCCAGUGUGAUAGUUGUUCCAGGGUGUCUUGCUUUGCCGCCAAGGCCCCUUCCCCCCUUCCCAAACCUUAUUGGACCCCAGGUUCCUCCCUCCCUUUAGGCUUCUGCCUCUGCUUCCAGGAAAAAGUUGCCAGGAUCCCCUAUUAUACACCUGGAAGCUUGGGGGGGGGUGUCAUUUAGCAAUAAAGGGGGCAGCUGGGUGGGGGGAAUAUGGAGAGAGAGGGGAGACACUUGUGGACUUCCAAAUUCCAUGGUUGUAAGCAGAUGUUUGUGCCAUGAUUCUGAGAACCAGAGACUUGGAGCUGAAAAAGGCCCUAGGAAUCAUCUUGUCUGGGCCCCUCAUGGUGCAGAGAGCCUGGAAUGGGCCUAGGGACCGUGCUGAAAUGGGCUGGGGAGUGGGGCAGGGGAGUCAGCUCCUCCCAGGAGAGCCAAAGACAAGGGUUGUGCCUUACCAAAGGGGGGCUGCCCCCCUUCCCCCCUCCAGGGUCCUGCUCUUCACUUUCCUUUCUCAAACAUCCCUCAUCUAUUCCCCCCUCCCCCUUUCCCCUGCCCAUCUGCCUUUCUGCUGAGCUGCAUGGCCCAGGAAUGCUGGGUGCUUUCUGCUGAUGCUGCAGCUACUUCUCCACCAACCACCCCAGAAGUCAGGCCCAGAAUCAAGUUUUCCACAAAAAAUGGAAGAAGAAAAAAAAAAAAGACAAAAAAAAAAAUUCCCCCAGACCCUGGGGCUGCCAGGAUUUGUCUGUGUGAAGUGCCAAUGACCUUGUGACCUUCAGAAAACACACACAAGGCUCCCCAGUCCCCAGCCCGCCUCACCCCGUGACCCCAGUAAUGAGGCUUGCACAUUAACUACUGUAAAGAGGAGCAGAGCUGGAGAAAUGUGAAUAAUGGGAAUAAUAAUACUGAUAAGAAUAAACA